GCCCCGGGGCCCAGCAUGGCCGCCGCCAUCUUGCGACGGGCGCGCUCCCGCCGGCGCCGCCCGCCCGCGUCUCCCCGGCGCGCGCACGCCGGCUCUGCUCCCCCUGGCUCCCCGCCCCGCCCCCGCUGGCCCCGCCCCGCUGGCCCCCGCCCACGCGCCUGCGCGUGCUGGCCCCGCCCCGCCCCACCAAUGAGACCCGGCGGGGUGGGCAGGCCGCACCCUCUGACCUCACGAGCCCCGCCCCCAGGCCCACGCGACCGGGCCGCUGCCGGAAGUGGCGGAGCGGGUCGGGACAGGCCGGGGAGCAUGGCGGGCGCGCGGGUUGCGGGGUGUGCGGCGGCGGCGGCGGGAAGGGCGCGGCCCGGGAAGCGGCUGCCAGAGCCGGAGCCGGCGCUGGCGCCGGAGGAGCCCUCUCUCCUCUGUGACCUCCCGACCUCUCCGCUCGGGGAUGGCAGCAAUUCUGGCCUCUCUGACAGUGAGGAGAGUGUGUUCUCAGGCCUGGAAGAUUCCGGCAGUGACAGUAGCGCAGACACCGCAGCUGAGGAAGAGGAUGGGGCCAGCAGUGAUGAGAACCAUGGCGGGACGGAGAAGACCACUGGGCAGCAGGUGCGGUGGGCCGAGACUCCUUCCCCAAGGACAGAGGUGGCUCGAGCGCAGGGCGGCGAUGAGUACGCAGAAGACAGCUCUGAUGAGGAGGAUGUCCGGAACACGGUGGGCAACGUGCCCCUGGAGUGGUACGAUGACUUCCCCCACGUGGGCUACGACCUGGACGGCAGGCGCAUCUAUAAGCCCCUGCGUACCCGUGACGAGCUGGACCAGUUUCUGGACAAGAUGGACGACCCUGACUACUGGCGCAUGGUACAGGACCGGAUGACGGGUCGCGAUGUGCGGCUGACAGACGAGCAGGUGGCCCUAGUGCGGCGGCUGCAGAGGGGCCAGUUUGGGGACAUGAGCUUUGACCCGUAUGAGCCGUCUGUGGACUUCUUCAGUGGGAACCUCAUGAUCCACCCGGUGACCAACCGACCUGCCGACAAGCGCAGCUUCAUCCCAUCCCUGGUGGAGAAGGAGAAGGUCUCUCGCAUGGUGCACGCCAUCAAGAUGGGCUGGAUCCAGCCUCGCCGGCCCCGGCACCCCACCCCCACCUUCUACGACCUGUGGGCCCAGGAGGACCCCAAUGCUGUGCUGGGGCGUCAUAAGAUGCACGUGCCUGCUCCCAAGCUGGCCCUGCCUGGCCACGCCGAGUCCUACAACCCACCUCCUGAGUACCUGCCCAGCGAGGAGGAGCGCCUGGCGUGGGAGCAGCAGGAGCCGGCUGAGAGAAAGCUCAACUUCCUGCCCCGCAAGUUCCCGAGCCUGCGGGCGGUGCCUGCCUACAGCCGCUUCAUCCAGGAGCGCUUCGAGCGCUGCCUCGAUCUCUACUUGUGCCCGCGGCAGCGCAAGAUGAGGGUGAACGUGGACCCUGAAGACCUCAUCCCCAAGCUGCCCCGGCCACGGGACCUGCAGCCUUUCCCCACAUGCCAGGCCCUGGUUUACAGGGGUCACAGUGAUCUUGUCCGCUGCCUUAGCGUCUCCCCGGGGGGCCAGUGGCUGGCUUCAGGCUCCGAUGACGGCUCAGUGCGCCUCUGGGAGGUGGCCACAGCCCGCUGCAUGAGGACCGUGCCUGUGGGGGGCGUGGUGAGGAGCGUGGCCUGGAACCCCAACCCUACUAUCUGCCUGGUAGCCGUGGCAGUGGAGGACACAGUCCUGCUGCUGAACCCGUCCCUGGGGGACCGGCUGGUGGUGGGCAGCACAGACCAGCUGCUGAGUGGCUUUACCCCACCUGAGGAGCCUGCCCUGCAGCCCACCCACUGGCUGGAAGCCUCAGAGGAGGAGCGCCAGGAGGGCCUGCGGCUGCGCAUCCGCCAUGGCAAGCCAGUGACGCAGGUGACCUGGCACGGGCGUGGGGACUACAUGGCUGUGGUGCUGGCCACCCCGGGCCAUACCCAGGUGCUGAUCCACCAGCUGAGCCGGCGCCGUAGCCAGAGCCCCUUCCGCCGCAGCCACGGACAGGUGCAGUGUGUGGCCUUCCACCCUGUGCGGCCCUUUCUGCUCGUGGCCUCCCAGCGCAGCGUCCGCCUCUACCACCUGCUGCGCCAGGAGCUCACCAAGAAGCUGAUGCCGAACUGCAAGUGGGUGUCCAGCCUGGCAGUGCACCCCGCAGGUGACAACGUCAUCUGUGGCAGCUACGACAGCAAGCUAGUGUGGUUUGACCUGGACCUUUCCACCCAGCCAUACAGGGUGCUGAGGCACCACAAGAAGGCCCUGCGGGCUGUGGCCUUCCACCCCAGGUACCCACUCUUCGCGUCCGGCUCCGACGAUGGCAGCGUCAUUGUCUGCCACGGGAUGGUGUACAAUGACCUGCUGCAGAACCCGCUGCUGGUGCCCGUGAAGGUGCUGAGGGGGCACACGCUGGCCCGAGACCUGGGCGUGCUGGACGUGGCCUUCCACCCCACCCAGCCGUGGGUCUUCUCCUCGGGUGCCGACAGCACCAUCCGCCUCUUCACCUAGGCUGCCCUGCCCUGCUUCCCCUGGGGCCGGGGAGGGAAGGGGCCAGGGUGUGCGUGUGCUCGGGACCCUCAAUAGAGGCAUUUGUCCCCACUGA